UCACCAUAUUAAUAGUGAUGAUUAUAAUUACAAUUGGUACAAUUCAAUAUUCAUAUAUUUCCCAUUCAUCAUCAAUCUACAAUGGUUUCUUCAACUCAUUGUUUAGCCUCUUAACUCUCAACAAGGAAUCAAUUGUUUCCCGAUUACAACAGUUUUUCCCAUUCAUUUUGCAUCUUUGAUUGUUGUUGCCUUCAAACUUCAGACCUUGAAAUUAGUCUAUUCAGGUCAAUAAUAGUUCACAUUAACACCAUGGUUUAAUGAUAAUCAUGGUAAAGAUUUUACAUUUUCACAAUUAAUACAUUUUCGAGUUUAUUGUUACAAUGAUUGGACAAAUUACUUUCACCGGUAACACUAUCGUUUUACGGACAAAGGCGUAACUGGUAAGACUUUUAAAUUGUUAUCCAAUGGGAGAAGGUGAUUUAAACACAUUUAUAUAAUUUUUAUAAUGUAAAGUAGAAAUAUAAUUAAUCACAAAUUAAUAUAAAAUAAUAACAAACAAAAUUAACAACAAAAAAUGUAGAAACACAAAGCACAUGUUGAAUAGAAGGAUAUCGUCUGAUUGUUAGUUUCCUUUCUUAUUUUCUUUUGAUUUAACUAUCACAGUAAUGUCUUUUUCUGGUGAUUUUUUCUCGAGUUUGACUCCAUUUAAUUUUGUUAGUAAAUUAACUCAACCUGAAGACACUCAACCAGGUUUGACCUUUGUUUUAACACACAAAUUGAUAGCUACAGAGGACGAAUAUAAUUGUAUUAGAACAAAUGGCUGUGCAGGUAAAAUGAAAAAAAAUAAUUGUCCAACAUCUAAAUUCAACUAUAUCUACAGAUGUAAUAAGUGUUACAAAAAAAUUAGCCCUACUACUGGAACUUGGUUCGAUUCCUCUCACCUCUCAAUCAUGGACAGUUUAGCAAUAAUUUUUUUAUGGUGCUCUGAGAGUAAAAACACGACCAUUAAGGAUUUUACUCUUGUUGGUGGUGUUGCAGUGUGUAAAUACAAGAAAAAAAUUAGACAAGUUGCUAUUGACCAUUGGGUAAAUAAUCGUGAUGCUAUUGGUGGAGAAGGUAAAAUCGUCGAAAUUGACGAAAGUCUAUUAUUUAAAAGGAAAAGUAAUGUCGGUAGACUUUUAGCUGACCAAAUAACAGGAACAUGGAUAGUUGGUGGAAUCGAGAGAGGCUCAAAAAAAUGUUUUCUUUCUUUAGUUAAGAAGCGAGAUAAACCAACUCUCAAUGAGCUUAUCAAAUUCUGGGUAAAACCAGGAACUACUAUCUAUACCGACUGUUGGAAAGGUUACCUUGAUUUGUCAAAAUUAGGAUAUAUCCAUGGUGAAGUGAACCAUAGCAAAAACUGGCUUAAUCCAAUGGACAAAAAUAUUAACACUCAAAGAGUAGAAAGAUUUUGGAGGAGCGUUAAAGCUAAUAUUCCGAAGGAAACGAAGGCAACAAACAAAGAAGAUUAUUUGAAUGAAUUUUGUUUUAAAUUUAAUUAUUUUGGUGAAGAAUCACUUGGAAUGAGGUUCAAAACAAUGUUGGACUUGUGUUGCUCUUAUUAUGUUAGCCCUUUGUGUUGUCAAAUAAAUUAAGCAAGUUGUCUAUUGGGUAACAAAAGUGUGUUAUAUAAUUGCUCCGCCCUUUGUCCGUAAAACGAAACUUAGAGACCAGUUGGUUACUGGUAACCGGUUACUUGGUUAGAGGGGGAGAAAAGUAACCAAGUAUGGUUACUAUAACCAGUUACUAUAACCGGUUACAAAAUAACCGGUUACUUGCUGGUUACAUUGAGAGGGAAAUUUGAAAAGAAAGUAAAGAAAGUAAACAACAACUUUCUAAAUACAUUAAUAGAUGGCGCUGAUAAAAGAUGAAAAAUUAAACUUUUUAUUUUUGAAUUUGGCGGUAAGAAAUUUGUAACCAGCAAGUAACCGGUUAUUUGUAACUGGGGGUGAAAGAACCACAGUUACUGGUUAUACUAACCAAACUAGCCUGUAACCGACGUAUCUCUAACGAAACUGUUACCCUUUCACCAUUGGUAACCAGUAACCUAGUAACAGCGAGACAUCAGCUGGUGCACUCCUUUGUCUAACCGUUACAUUUAACGUCUUUUUUGAUUUAGUUUUAAUUUGAUGUUUAUUGCUUUUUAAUGUCAAUUUAGUGUUAAUGUUGAAUUAAUUCAGUUUAUCAGUUAUUUGUUUAAAUCCUGGUUUGACUCGUUUCACUUGUUAUUCAUCAUACAUUGAAAACUGGUAGUAAAGCUUCCGUGAUCGUAGGGUGACAAAUUAUUAACUGGAAAAUGGUGACCAUAUUACAAUUAUUGAGAUAUUUUAAUUGCUGGGACUAACUGGAAAUUUAAUGGAUACCAUUUUAAUCAACAAAUAGUUUCUCAGUUCAACAUGGUGAACAAUCUACACUUGAUUUUGUUUGAUUUGGCAUUUGGAUGAGUCUGACGAACCCAGUGAUAUUUUUUUGGUGAAAAGGUUGUCAACUUUAUGAUGAUUUAAUUUCGACCGUGAAAGUUGUCAUUUUUGACAAAAAUGAAAUGACAUUAGAUGAACAAGAUUCUUGGGAAACUCAGAUUUUGCUGGGUAUGCCUAAUCAUGAUGAGGAAAUGGUUGAGGAAAGCUGAUUGUUUGGUUAAUUUUUGGUACAGCUCAUUGUUAAACUGUUGGAGUCAAUGAACAAAUAACCAGAAGAAACCUAAUCAACAUUGUGACUGGGAUUAUGAUUAGCGUUGAUCUGCUCUUUUAAUUGAAAUGAUCCGGAAAUAAUUAGGAUGGCAAGAAAUCGAUGCUGAAACCGGACAAUGUAAUUGGUCAUGGUGUUUGAUAUAAUAACAAAUCAUCAUACUCUUAAUUUCAUCAUAUUUUUCUCAAAUUUUCAAUUUCACCAUCUCAACUUGAACUAAAAUCAAUCAAACUUUUCGUAAACGCUGAACCGAUCACAGCAUGGAAAUGAAAUAAUCAUCAGGAAGCUAAUCAAUGAUACUAGUUAACUUUGGCUUGCUAAUUAAAAGAAAAUAAAGGAGAAAAAUGAUUGGACCCAAAUUGCUCGUAUUUAUCGUUUAAAAGCUCAAAAUAAUAGUCGUAUUAUCAAAAUGGUUUACUAUACAACAAUGAAUGUCAAUUUGCUUUUCUUUGCUAUUUCCUGAACUGCUGUUUGAACUGGAGUCUUUUCAACCAUCUUAAUCACAAUCAACAUAAUCUAUUGAUGAAUAAAUGAUGACGAGCAAUACAAAUUUAAUGGUUAAAGCAAGACUAAAUUCAUCAUUUCUAAUUAAUGGUUAUGAAAUCGCAACUACAAGGGAAUCUCGCUGUGCAAGGCUUCCAAUAUUUUAUUGCUGUCGCUAACAAUAUACAAUGUUAAUAUAUUCUGGAAAGAUAAUUAAGACUUAAUUCUGACAAUUGUGAGUCAACGUAUUUUAAGUUUUUUGUUCAAUUGCACACUUUGUCAAUACUGUGAUACCUUUAUUUUGGAUAUUUUUGAAAGUUUUGACAAUAAAACUAACAUUUACCUUUAAUCCAUUGAA